AUGAGGUUCAUGCUGCCUUCGUUGGCGCUUUUGUUGGUACUCGUGGCGGCGGUGGCUGCGCAGUUGCAGGCGGACUCGGUAUCGCAGCCAUUCGAACGUUCGCUCGAUGAUGCGCCGCUGCUUUCCGAGCGGGCUCUUCUCGAGGCACGACAGGCAGCCAACACUACCGCCUCGUCCACUGCCUCUGCACCCGAAUCCACCGCUUCUGGCUCGGCACCCGCGGGUGGCGAUGCGACCAUCACGGAAUCCACAUGCUCGAUGGUCAACCAUCUCGCGGUCAAUCAGCAGGCAUCCUGGGGCAACGGGUUCGUCAACACGUGCUGCGGCUUCGCCCAGGGCACACAGUGCUGGUACCGUCGUCAGCAGGACGUGUCUCCGCAGGACGAAUGCGAGAUCCCCAGCUGCCAAGACCUCGAGAGCGAAGACAAGGCAAAGAUGAUCGGUUUCGUCCCACUCAAUUCCACCAACGGCAGCGGCAAGUACGGCAACAUCUUCCUCAGCCUCGGCAUGCUCUCGCCCGGCAUGAUGAAUCUGCCCGCCCUCGGUAUCACCACCAUGGUCGCUGCAUCCGUGCUGCUCCUCACCACCUUCCUUUAG